GCUGGUCGCUUCAUACGGAUGAACUUCUGCCUCACCUGACACACGCUGCGGAUACGCUCUGUAAGAUUACCGAAAAUGAAGAGAAAUCACGAUUUUAGCUCCUCGGACAGCGAGCUCGACGAGAAUAUCGAGGUGGAAAAGGAGAGCGCGGACGAAAAUGCCGGCGUGAAUUCUCCACUUGGUUCAAUGUCUCCGUCCACAACCUCUCAAGUGCAAGCGAGAAAACGUCGCAGAGGGAUCAUUGAGAAGCGCCGCAGGGACCGGAUAAACAACAGUCUGUCCGAGCUGCGCAGGCUGGUGCCCAGCGCCUUUGAGAAACAGGGCUCCGCCAAACUAGAAAAAGCAGAAAUUUUGCAAAUGACCGUUGAUCAUUUAAAGAUGCUCCAUGCAGCCGGUGGAAAAGGUUACUUCGACGCUCACGCGCUGGCCAUGGAUUACCGCGGCCUGGGUUUCCGCGAGUGUCUCGCGGAGACGGCGCGCUACCUCAGUAUCAUCGAGGGCCUGGACAACACCGACCCCCUCCGCAUCCGGCUGGUUUCGCACCUGAACAGUUACGCCUCUCAGAGAGAAGCUCACUCGGGUUUGGGCCACUUGGCGUGGGGCUCUGCGUUCGGGACGCCGCCGGGGCACCUGGCUCACCACCUCCUCCUGCAGCAGCCGCGCAGCACCAGCAGCCCUCCGUCCUCCAGCUCCUCAUCGCCCUCGUCCUCGUCUCCGUCCGCCCCCUCCACAGAGCCGCACGCCCCCAGCAGGCUGACCGGCACGGUCAUUACCGAGGCAGGGCAGACAGGACCGCUGCGGGUGCCGCCCAGUUCCUCCCUGCCCCCUGGCCUCACGCCGCCUACUACAUCCAAGCUUUCUCCACCCCUCCUGACGUCACUUUCGAGCCUGUCGGCGUUUCCCUUCCCGCUGAGCGCGUUUCCUCUGCUGUCUCCGAGCUCGCUGGGCCCCGCGGCUCCCUCCAGCAGCCUGGGGAAGCCCUACAGGCCCUGGAGCAUGGAAAUAGGGGCCUUCUGAACGUCGGUUAGAAAUGACUUUUUCCGUAACAUCUGACUCUUUCCAAGAGAUGGACAGAACCGCAGACUUGUACAAAGGGGAAAAAGUGAAUACAGAUCUGAUGUACUCCACUCCAGUUACCCUGUCUUUUAAAGCCGUCCUGUCUCGGGUUGAGCAGAGAUGACUUCUGGAGAUGGUCGGGUUCUCGCACAAAUCUAGUACUUUUGUCCCUCAGUGGAGAAAGGUAUAUUAAUAGAGAGAGAGAGAGAGAGAGGUUAGAGUAAAAGCAGAUGAGAUGCAUCGCUGAAUGGGUGUUAAUGGAGUUAAACUCACUACAGAUGUCCAUUUAAAGGGACGGUUCUCCCAAAACGAAAAUUCUGUCACCGUUUACUCGCCAUCAUCUCUGGGAGAUAAAAGAAGGUAUUUUGAUGAAUGUUGGUAAUCAAACCAUUCCGGGUCCCGUUGACUUUUACUGAAUUUUUGUCCGAAACCAUUUGGUUACCAACAGUCUUUAAAAUAUCUCCCAAAGAAUUACAGGAAUACGGGAAUGGCAUUAUGGUAAGAAAAUGACAGAAUGUUCUUUUCUGCGGUGGACUAUCCCUUUAAUUAUGCUAAGGAAGUGCUUAGAUUACAUAUUGACACAUAUAUUUGCAUCCUAAAUCAUCUCCUUGAGAAUGACAGGCAGGAUUUGGCUAAUUUUUUUUUUUUGAGGGAAUCCGGUCAGCGUUUCCAUAAAAUUGAAAUACUAUGCAAUGGAGUUGGCAGUGGUCCCUCUGCAAAUGUAUAUGAAACCUAUGCAAGCGAUUCUGUAUUCCUCGGUUGAACUGGACGAGUACUUUAUUUUUUAUAAAGAUUUUGGUCAGUGACCUGCGGUGUGUGUGUGUGUGUUUAUUUGUUUAAAAUGCUAUGAAUUUGUUGUUUGCAGGGACCGACCACUGUUAAACCUUUACAGAGACAAUCUACGUAGACAAUCUCUCAAAAACUGCACUAAUUUAAUUGUAGCAAAGGCACUCUUGGGUUUGUUUGUAGCAGAGCUCCCUGAAGAGUUCCUCCUUCAUGCACCGGAUCGUCUCUCUCUCUCUUAGUUUUGUGGUAAUAGGGAAUUUGCACUGGCAAAUCAGAUAAGACUAGGGUAUAGAUAGUACUGGAAGAGAUGGUGUGGUACUGUGCCUGUCCCUCACUAACAUGUGUGACCUUCCUGUAAUAAAAUGAUAUGUGUAGCUAAUAACCCUGGA